CAGACAAAUUAACCCUAGAUAGACAUGCCAUGAAAGACCGGGCAACGUCCCAUCUUCGUAUUUACGUCGGUGGUUUACAAGACAGUGCUUCAGUUGACGAGUUAUACAACCAUUUCAUACAAUAUGGGGAAAUAGAUGGCAUUGUCAUUAAUAGGAACUUUGGAUUCGUCCAGUUUGCUCUAGAAUCGAGUGCUCAGGAAGCUAUUGUCAAAGCGAAUGGGACUAUGUUCCAAGGAAAGAGUCUCAGUGUAAAAACUGCACAAACAAACAUUGGUGUUAUAGAUAAGAGGCAUGUGGAUCCAGCAGCAUCUGACAUGCCACCAGCAGUGGCUCACAAUGAUAAGGGGGCUGAUGAUGGUAAUGAAGAGCUUUAUGAUAAUUUCGGAAAUUAUAUUGGAGAUCAGAGUUACAGAGAUGAAGAAUUUGAUGAAGGUUACCCGGGUAAACCUGGAUGGGAAGGGCGGGGAGGAAUGCGCGGGCGAGGAAUCCCGAGAGGGCGUGGACGUGGCCGUGGCCGUGGAGCUCCCCCCGGCUUCAGGGACCGCUCCCCUGUAUCAGGUAGAGUUGGUGAAUGGAAAGAGCGCAGUUACGACCGCUAUCAACAAAUGUCAGAAUAUCCUAGAGCGCUACCUGUCACGGAGAGAAAUGAUUGUGAAAUUAUUGUCGUCUCUAAAUCUCUUACUGAAUAUGCAGAAUACAUUGAAGGUCGACUCAAAAGGCUAGGAAUUGUGGUUGAUCUUCUGUUUCCCAUGGAAGAUGUACCGAUUGGCAAAGUCCUUGGCAACAUCGCAUCUCGCGGCUGUCUUUACGCAAUAUUAGUAAUGCCACAAAAUCAGGAACAUAGGUCCUUAACACUUACAAUACUUCAUGGACUGCCUCAAGAACAUCGGAAUAUGCCACUGGAAGAUGCCCUUCAGUUGUUAUCCCGCAACUUUCAAGAGGUCCAAAGAGGUGGUCCCUCUGGUAGAGAGGCAGUAUACGCGUUACUCGGCCAGCUCGCUGACGGACGCACCCUCACGGUUCUGCAGUACGAUAAAGUCAUAGAGUAUUUACAGGAACGGAGAGAGCAGCAAGUGAAAAUAGAGCUUGGGGAGCCAUUGAAUCCGGCCCCUAGCAACAAAACACAAGUAGAUCUUCAACAGAGAAUUCUUAAUAUAUUAAAUGAUAAGAAAGUGAUACCGCCGCCGGUGGAACAGCCGCCCCCCGCGGCCCCGACGCCGCCGGCCCCCGCGCCACCCACUACACAGAACAAACUGCUGAGUGACCCCACUGUUAGAAAAGCACUAGAUUCAAUAUUACAAAAGUUUGCAUAG